GUAGAAAGAGAUUCAUUGAAGGGAGAGAGAGAGAGAGAGAGAGAGAGAGAGAGCACUGAAAAUGAUGCCAACAGGGAGAGAAAAGGAAGGAGAGAAAAAGAAGAAAGACACAUUGAAAGGGGUGAGACGUACAACGGUAGAAGAAAGAUCUGAGGAUGUUUGAGAACUCAAUGCACUGAGUAACAGCAGACAGGCUGACAAAGUGACAGAAAUGACAGGGAUGCACACAUCUGAAGGAGUGCGUUGAUUACUACAGCCAACUGGCAUGAUUAGAGAAUCUAAAAGGAAAAAAACAACUGACACACUGACAACGGAAAUUAUAUUGUAACUGAAAUGCUGAACCUGCUCCAGACAGAAAAGCGACUGACGUACGUGGAUGUUCAGAGAUGAUACGAGGGUAGAAAGGUCACUGAGAGUUGAAGCAUCCCUACUUGGAAAAGAUGCAGCUUCAGCUGGUCGGACACUGACGGGCAUGAGGACAGCUUCACCAGACACAGAUUUGACUUGUCCCAGAGUUAGUCUACUGGUUUGACUGGUUAGUCUCUCCUUUUUUUCUAGAGUUUCUGCGCCAACUCCGGAUCAUCUUCAUCACCCUCACCAUCAUCACCUACGUGCCUCAUCAUAAUCAUCAUCAUCACUAUUAUGAUGGCCUUCAACAGCACUGAGUCCUGGCUUUUAAUCAAUACUUCAUUUCCCAUCCUGCCUGUAAUAGGCAGUCCAAGUAACAGAAGUGGGAUUGAAGCAUAUCUUCAAAGACUGGCUCAUUUAGACGAGGGGCUCUACAAUGACUUUUACGGUCUUUGGAUUGCACUGAUGGUCAUAAACUCUCUCAUAUUCUUGGUGGGCAUGGUGCUCAACACAGUUGCACUUUAUGUUUUCUGUUUCCGCACCAAGCAAAAGACCACCUCUGUGAUCUAUACUAUCAACUUGGCGGUGACAGACCUCUUGGUGAAUCUCUCUCUGCCGACUCGCAUCUUGCUCUAUUACAGUGGAGGAGCUUGUCUCACCUGCUCCUACCUGCACAUCUUCAGCUACUUUGUCAACAUGUACUGCAGCAUCUUGUUUCUGACCUGCAUAUGUGUUGACCGAUACCUCGCCAUCGUGCAGGUUGAAGCUUCCCGUCGUUGGAGGAACUCCAGUGUGGCCAAAUGUGUGUGUGUCUCUGUCUGGCUGUGUGCAAUCGUGGUCACCUACUCCUUCCUUUCUACUGCUUUCCAGCACCCAGGCUGCUGCCUCUCAAAGCUCCUCUUUCUUACCAUCACUGAGUUCUUUCUACCCCUCAUCAUCAUUAUGGUCUUCACUUUGCGGAUUAUGUGGGCACUCGCCGACCGCCGCCUGAUGCAGCAGAGCAGGGAGAGGAGAAGGAGGGCUGUCCAGCUCCUGACCACGGUGCUGAUCAUCUUCACUGUCUGCUUCACACCCUUCCACAUCAGACAGGUGGUGGUAUACUUUCACCCUGACAUGCCUCAUCAUGUGAUAGCCUACCACUUGACUGUCACUCUCAGCAGUUUGAAUAGCUGUAUGGACCCUGUCGUCUACUGCUUUGUUACGAAUAAUUUCCAGGCCACCAUGAGAAAUAUUUUUCGCCGCGCAGAGCCCGAGCAGACAAGUGGCGACAUCAUCAGCAUGCAGCACAGCUCCAAGGCCUCAGGGCGGACAGCGAACGCCAUCACUAGUAAUAUGAUUAUGAUGACCAAGAUCCCCACUUCACUGCAGAGAGACAAUCUGGGGAAGAACCACUCAAUGUAAAUCCCCCUUCCCAUGGGGUAAAGAGAAACUUUGAGUUACUGAGAUGUUACAUCGCCUGGGGAAAGGUCUGAUAUUUCUGGACUCUGUAACAUGCCGAUCAGUGAUAACAGCAUCAGUGUAUGAUGGCACUGCUCAGGAUCAACAGCCAAUGCUGUCGUUAAUAAUAAUAAUAAUAAUAAUAAUAAUAAUAAAAGGACCAACCAAUUUAGCUGAUUUAGCAACCUAAAAACUUUUAUUAACUACUUGAAUUAAUUCCAACAAUGACAAGAGACAAAUGUAGUCUGCAACUAAACAUUAUCAUCACGCAAGAAACCUUCCCACUACUUUGGACCUGUGACAAUCUCCCUCUCUGCUAGACCAUGUUGCAGCCAAAUUCAAACAAUACAAGAGAACACAAAGCUGACUUAACAUGUAUUAUUACUUGAAUCAUACAACUGACAUAAUACCAAGUCUUAUUUAAAAAACAAACAUUUUAUUUGACAUAUUCUACAUCAUCCACAUUUUAAUCUUAUAUGUUUUUACCUUAAAAGUGUCCAAUUACACGGCCCUAAGUCAAAUUAUUUUUGAAAACUGAAAAAGUUUCCAUUUUUGGUAACAGAGAUAGUAACUGUUGCUA